AUGGACCGUGAUCGGGACCGCGGUGGCAAUUGGCACCAUGAGCGGGGUGGAGGGGACCGGGGUGGAGGCACUCGCCCCAACGACCGGGGUGGAGGCACUCGCCCCAACGACCACGGUGGAGGCGCUCGCCCCAACGAAGCUCACAUGGGUCCGUUGCGGCUCCCGGGCGGUCAAGGUACCCUGACCGCCCGGGACCGAGAUGAUAUUUGGGAGAGGUACUGGGUGUCAGCAAGCGUGAGAUGGCGCGCCCAAUGGGCGGAACGGUGUUUGAGCCUAUCUGGCGAUGCCGGGUCUUUGAAUGCUGCAAAAGACAUGGCAAUGGAGAGGAUUGCGCAGCAUGGAACGGAAGGAGGCCGCGCUUCUGAGCCGACUGCAGGUCCCGAGCUGCAGGCCUUGCAAACCCAGGUCCAUCAAUUGGACCAAUAUGUCAGGAACCACCAUAGCUUGCUGCAGUACCUCACCCAGCAAGCGACUCGGGCUGAGCAGACGGCUGGCCAAGCUGUUGCAGCAGCACAGGCCUAUCGCCAAGCGGGCCAGGAUUCUCUGGAACGCAUCAGCCAGAGAAAUACGGAGGCCCACGAAGAAUUUGAGGCUGGCAUUGAAGAAAGGGUGCAGCAGAUAGUGCGACAAGUGCUGGAAGAUAGGAAGAAAAAAAGAGGAAAAAACGACGCGCCAAGCGAAGCGAAUCCGCAGAGGAUGAAAAAGAAGCAGAGCGAGAGAAACAAGAUGAGCAAAAGCAAGAUGGAGAAGGAUGAUUUGGUGGCCGCUGUUGGUGAAACGGCGGGCUUUCCAGAGGCAAACGCAGCGGAACAAAAGAUGGCACAACAAGGAGAAGAAGAAGAAGAGACGUCAGAGCAAUCUCUCGAGGUCUUUGCAGCCCCGGCUCAUGACUACAAGAUGGAACCCAUCGAAGAGCCAGAGACUCCCUGCCUCACUGUGGAUGACAUGACUGAAACAAUGCGCCUAUCAGCGAAUGCGAAGGAGCUGCCAAAUGAUGAUGAUGCAAAAGAAGAACAGCCAGGGCAAUCGUCUGUGCCAAAGAUCACUGAAGCCAUUGAGGAAGCAAUUGAACCCAACUUUGACAACAGCGGAACUGGCAGCACAGGCGCCAAGUCUGAGAAGCCUGCUGAGAUAGUGGAGUUUUCUACAGAGAAGCUGAACAGAAGGUCCUGGAGAAAGAUGACUCCGUUCUUAAAUGUCUCGGACUUGGCGGACUUGCAGGUCUCCGAGGACGGCUCUGAGGCCUCCGAGGCGUCGAACAGCGGGAGCAAUGCGACCUCCCCGGAGUUCCAAGGACGGACCUCAAGAGGCUCUCACAAUUCCAAUGAUACCGAGGGAAUGGAAUGUUUGAGUUCAGGAGCCAACAGCAUGAACAGCCAGAAUCAGAAGCCUGUGUUGCUACAGGUCAUCACUGACAUGCCGGACGCGGAGAGCACCCCCUCGGCUGCAUGGGACGGUCCCGACGAGGGUCUGGUGUCCGAGUCCGAAGUGCCUGCUCAGUCAGACUUCGAGACGAAAAGUCAUCCUUCAGAAUUUUCGAGGAGGACCGGCAAGUUUGUCAAGCAGACCCGCCUGUCCAAGAUUGUCACCAGCAAGUUCUUCGACACCUUCUAUAGUGUCUUGAUCAUCUUGAACUGCGUCACGAUGGGGCUACAGGCGGAUAUGCUAGUGAACGUUCGAGUUCAGGGUGAUGUGUUGGUGAACGACUACAGCCCGCAAGUGGUAGAAAUUGUUCAGGUUGCAGAGCACAUUCUUGUGUCUCUCUUCACCAUCGAGAUCACUGUGCGGCUAAGAGUCUUUGGGAUCAGCAACUACUUUGAUAUCAGGACUGCAGAAGGUUGGUUCAAUUUCGUCGACGCGAUCAUCGUGCUCCUUUCUGGGGUCGUCUCCGGCUGGAUCAUCCCUUUGUUCGCUCUGAUCACCCAGACGGAAAUGAACGCAGACUUCUUGAGCACGUUGUCGGUCUUCCGAGCCUUGCGACUGCUGCGCAUCGUCCGAGUGAUCCAGCGGAUGCCCAUGUUCCGGGAAGUUUGGCUCCUUCUGAAGGGUCUCACGAGUUCGCUCCGCACACUGGUUUGGACCGUGAUCGUGAUUUUCGUUCUGACGUAUUUGUUUGCGAUCCUCGGGUGUCAGACCAUCAGCCGAGAGAUGCUGGCACAAAUUCCUGGAAAGGAGGAGGAUGAGCUGGCGAAGCUGCUGGGAGUCUAUGACUAUGUCAAGGGCAUUGGGCCACUGAUGCAGUUGUUGAUCCAGUUCCUCACCUUGGACUCUUGGAACUCGAAGAUGGACCAGAUCAUCCCGUAUGCGAAUGGAUGCAUCAUAUAUUUCUACAUGUACAUUGCAGUAGCCGUCUUUGUUCUCAUGAACUUGGUGACGGCCAUUAUCGUUGAAAACGCCAUGUCGACGUCCAAGAUGGAUGAGAAUGAGAAGCUCAAACAGAUGGAAGAUAUUAAGAAGAAAGAGCUCAAGGAGUUGGAGCACCUCUUCUACCUCAUGGAUGCGGACGGGAUGGCACGCUUGACUGGGAAGAGAUUCUUGACCAAGUCGGGUGGCUGUCACAGGUUCGAGAAUGCCUUCUUGGACGAAGAAAUGAGCCGGAAGUGGCGGCUGCUCGACUUUGGGCCAGACGAGUGUAAGGAGCUCUUCGAUCUCCUGGACGAUGGGGACGGAGGUAUCCACACUUCCGAGUUCUUCCAUGGCCUGGCAAGGAUGAAAGGAGGUGCCCAGUCCAGGGAUUUGAUGCGCGUUGGACAGCAAGUCGAUCGUAUUGGCAAAGAAUUGGACAAGCUCAUCGAAGCAUGGAAGACCGAGAGACGAAGCAACCAAAUUGACAGCGCGACUGCAUCCGAACUAGGUUCUCGAAGCCGCAACGACAGUGGGAGCGAGAUCUCAGACAUCUUUGACAAGAAGAAGAAAAGGAACGCCAAAUCACCCAAGUUGGGCAUUGACGAGGCGCGGAGGCGGAUGGCGCAGAGCAAAGCCUUCGGCGUCCCGACGCAUACAUCCAGUGUCCGCUCGGUGGAGGACAGGCCGAACCGAAUGACCUCAGAGGGCAGUGUGACCGGGGUCUCCGCCACCGGAGCGAGCGGAGCCAGCGGCGUCAGCGGAGCCUCGGGCGUGCAGACCGCUGGGCCGCUGGGCUUUUCCAUCCUCGCCGAGAAAAGGCGACCAAGCAGUUGGAAAGGUGGGACCGGAUUCGACGACGGAUCGAAGGGAUCCCUGACCUUCGAAGGGUGGAUUUUCAUCAGCCGCCCCGGCUACAAUCCAUGGGGCAGAUAUCGAGGCUCAGUGCUUCCCCUAGGAGCUCUGUUUGCAUUGCCCAGUACCUUGCUCACGGCUAUCCUGCACAUCACCUGGAAUCCUGACCUCAAGGGCGCCGACAACAACGAGGUCGGUCGCUUCGGUGAUGUUUGGACAGCCUACACCUUCUCGCUGGGCUUCUUAGUGGUGUUUCGCAACAACCAGGCCUACAGCCGCUUCUGGGAAGGUGCCAGCAAGGUGCACGAGAUCCGUGGCGAACUGUACAACUGUGCUUCGACAUUGGUGGCUUUUUGCUCCAACAAGCAGGAGAUGCAGGAGGAAGUCAGCAAUUUCCAGCAUUUCAUGAUACGCCUCAUCAGCUUGCUCUUUGCCACGGCUAUGAGUGAGAUUUGCUAUGACUCCGAAGAUGAAGGAGAGGAGCCCGACAGGCGUCAAGAUGUCAUGCAGGUGAUUGACCUGGAUGGCAUCGAUGAAAGCAGUCUUCGACAUUUACAAGAUGCAGACAAUUUCAACAAGACACCAAAGAGAGCCUCCACAACGAAUGCAAAGGAAGCUCCUCGCAAGAAGGGAUGCUCCCGGGGAGUGCUGAAGAUUCCACCGCCCAUUCUCAAUCGAUCGCUCACGGACCUCUCCAAUGCCAUUGUGGACAUCUACCGCGUGCGCAAGAUACGCGAGGUGCCAUUUCCCUUUCCAUACUCGCAGAUGGUUAUCCUUAUGUUGACCGUUUACACUUUGGUGACGCCCGUCCUCAGCAGUCAACUCAUCGAGAACAUUUACAUGGCGACCAUGGCCACCUUCUGUGUGACGACGGCCUUCUGGUCCCUGUAUCAUAUUGCUGAUGAGUCUCAGAUUUCUGGAAGUUUGUUUUUCUUUUUUUUUUUGUGGGGGGUGUUGUUGCUGCGACAAGCAGGAUGA